AUGGAAGCCAUGAGGCCAAAGAGUGUCAAGGAGCUGCAUGCCUCAAUUGCUGCAGCAGGCAGAAGACGGCCACUGCCUCCAGUGGCAAACCAAUUGCAAACCUUUGUGGAGCAGUGCCGGGAGUGCGAGGAAAGAUGCGUGUCACGUUUACGUGAGCGUGCCAAAUUUGAAGCCGACCACCCAGCGCCGAACUUUCAUGACAGCAAUGUGCAACUCCGACGCAGAGUGCAGAGUGGCAGCUCUUGA